AUGUUGAAGCGACGCCGAGUGCUGUUUCCACACCUCUUGGGGAAGGACUCCACGUCCUCCACACUUGCAGCAUCCUCAAUGCAAAAGGACGUCAAGGAUUCCAAGAAGGAUGGCAAGGAGGAGACCCGGGCCUUGGCGACCCCAGCACGCGCAACCAGAGGCCGCAUCGAUGGUCGCUCCGUCCUUGGAUUUGCAUCCCAGAGGUCAAAGGAGGCCGUGGGAGACCAGUCUUGCGAGGCAGAGACAGACCGCAAGAGGCCUUCGAGCCCGAACCGGGUGGCUUGCGAGGGCCCGAAGCCGGAAGCUCUGGUGAUGCCGUUUCCUUCCGACGAGGAGGUCGUCUUUAGCUGGUCGGGCUUGCUGGUCACCCGCCGUGAUCUGCAGUGCUUGGAGGAUGGGCAGAUGCUGAACGAUGCAGUUGUGGACUUCUUCCUGCAGUUGAUGCAAACCCACUUGGUGCCCUCUAGUGCAACGAUGCUUUUCUCCAGUCAUUUCUAUACGCGUCUCACGGCCGCCGGCGCGGUGAAUGGGGAGAUGGGCUGGGAGAAUGUGAAAGGAUGGACCAAGAAGAAACUGCUCUUCAGUCACCAGUUGGCGAUUGUGCCGGUGAACUCCGACCUUCAUUGGUGGCUGGCCUUGAUCUUCUUCGACCGGUGGGACCGAUCCUUCGUUCGCCUCAGCUGGUUGGACUCGCUCCCCGGCGAGGACACGCGAUACAGCACGGCCUCCAGCUUCCUGUCAGGCUACUUGCGUCGAGAAUGGCAAGCUCGAUCAGCUGAGUCCAAAGCCUUGAGCCUUGCGUCAGAGCCUGAAUUGCUUCCUGCCGGAGAGCAAGACAAUGGUGUGGACUGCGGGAUUUUCCUCUUGGACAACGUUUGGCGCCUGCUCUCCGCUGAGGGGCAGACCAAUAUUGAGUGGUGCACUCCGGACGCCGCGCACGAGCGGCGCCUGCGGCUGCGGCGCUUGGCACGGCGCUUGACAGAGCUGGGAGGCGAUGUGCAGGCUCAGUUAGCCAGCCGCCCUGAGCUUUCAGCCAAGCUACGAGCAGUCUGGGGGAGCUUUCAGCCGACACGGCCCAAUGCAGCUACAGAGGUAGCAGUGAAGGCGCUUGCCAAUUCGAUCUUCUUGGAUGAUGAUGAAGGAGACGUGAUGGAGUGUUGCCCAGUGUGA